UAUGGCGGUAUAUAUUUUGUGUCAUUGUGAAAUCUGAAAUGAAAUUUAUAGAUUUUUCGCUAAAUAAGUUACAGUGAUAAGUUAAAAAGUAAAUUUUUUUGUGCAUACUUAUUCCGAAAUAGAAUAUCAUAGACAUUUACUAUGCAUCAUUACAUGACAUAAGAUCAAUGGCUCUUCAGCGAUACUUGACAAUCAUGAAUUCGGGACAAUUCAGGAUUUAAGUUGGAACUUAGGAUUCCGUUAUCACUUAUCAAGCCGCCUCGCAAGUCGCAGGACGAGUGAUAAAAGUAUAUUGGAUAAGUGAAUGUGAUAGUGUAGUUUAGUGAUAAUGGAAACGGCAAUAGUUUUUGAGUGGAAGUGGGACCAGCACAUGAUAUGAUGGAGUCAGAGCUCCCCCCUGGCAGUUGUAACUCUACCGGACAUCUAUCUACCAUUGGAUGGAAUGUUCAAGGUCGCAUGCACCACUCGGCGAGCACGCCAGCGGGGGUGGACGGGGCCGGUGGCGGAGCUCGCACUCCGCCCGCCACGCCCAAGAAGGGCGGCAAGAUGCUGGCCGUUCGGGUCCACAUGCUGGACGACUCCAUCUCCAUGUUCCAGAUACAGUCGAAGGCAUAUGGGCGUGUUCUGUUCGACCAAGUGUGUAGACAACUCCACUUGCUAGAAGCGGACUACUUCGGACUCGAGUACCAAGAUGCCAACAGUACUAAGUAUUGGCUGGACGUGGAGAAGCCGAUCGUCCGGCAGCUGGGGCUGUCGAUGCUGGAGCCGACGCUGCGGUUCUGCGUCAAGUUCUACACGCCGGACCCGGCGCGCCUCGAGGAGGAGUUCACGCGCUACCUCUUCUGCCUGCAGAUCAAGCGCGACCUGGCGCAGGGCUGCAUCCAGUGCAACGAGAACACCGCCGCGCUCAUGGCCAGCUACAUCAUACAGGCGGAAUGCGGCGACUUUGUGCCAGAAGAUUACCCGGACCACUCGUACCUCAGCGGGUACAAGUUCUUCACAGGACAGGACCCGGAGUCAGAGAAACGGAUAAUGGAGAACCAUAAAAAGCAUAUAGGGCAGAGUCCAGCGGAGGCCGAUUUGAAUUUGCUGGAGACUGCGAGAAGAUGUGAACUGUAUGGCAUCAAAAUGCAUCCGGCGAAAGACCACGAAGGCGUCCCGCUGAACCUGGCGGUCGCUCACAUGGGCGUCGUGGUGUUCCAACACUUCACCAAGAUCAACACCUUCAGCUGGGCCAAGAUCAGGAAGAUAUCGUUCAAGCGGAAGCGGUUCCUCAUCAAGCUACAUCCGGAGGGAUAUAGCCACUAUCGAGACGUGGUAGAGUUCUUCUUCGAGGGCCGGAACGAGUGCAAGAACUUCUGGAAGAAGUGCGUGGAGAACCACGGCUUCUUCCGAUGCUCGACCGUCUCUCGUCUGCCCAGGCACAAGACGAAGGUGUUGUCGCGAGGGUCUUCUUUCAGAUACAGCGGCAAAACUCAGAAACAGAUUGUGGAGUUUGUGCGAGACAACUACGUGAAGCGCCAGACGUUCCAGAGGUCGGGCUCGUUCCGCGCGUCUCGCUCGGCCGCGUGCUCUGCGCGGGGUUCUCGCGCCAACGUGUCGCACGCACACACUCACACACUGAACGCGAGCCUGUCCGCGCAUCCGCUGCUGCCGUUGCCGCCCGGCUGCGACGCGAUUUCCCUGGAGUGGGACCAGCAACCUCACUACCUGGAGGCCUCGCUGAUGAUGCAGGGGUACUCGCCGGCGGCGGCGCGGGCGGCCGCUCGCCCCCCCUCCCCCGCGCGCACUCGCACGCCCUCCCCCGCCCGCACUCCGCUCGCUCGCCGGCCGCAUCCAGCUACCGUCUAUGCUUCCACGAGAGACAAGCUGACGAAACUGUACUGCAAACAAAUCGAGGGUCCCGAAGUAGUGACCCAUGCCGAGGUCAAUCAUCAUCCUAUGGAGGAUUCACCUCUGCCUCUUCGGAUGACGACACCGUCGAGUGUGGCGGAGAGUACGUGGGUUACGAGCUCGGAGCGUCGUGCGGGCGCUCCCACUCCGCCGCCUCGCGCCACAGAUGAUUCGUCACCUGACGAGGAUCACACGAUAUCGUCGGCGAGCCUGUGUAUGUCCCCGAGCGGUGACGUCACGCAAGGGAUCCCGCUCGACUCGUCGACGCCCAUUGAGCGCGCGCGGGCGAACGGUGCCGUCAACGGAUACAACAGACGGUUCAAACGGAGGAACAAUAACGAUGACGUCACCAACAGGAACAGUGACGUGUGUGACGCAGCCAACGGGAACGUGCAAGUCAUGCAGUCUGCUAAUAGCAUGGACAUCCUGAGUGGAGGGGAGAGUGACGCCGGAGACACGCUCACUAGACGGAAUAAUAAUAACAGUUUGUCUUCACGCAUUACACUGGCCGAGGCUCCGAAGCGAAAGGCAGGCGACGUGACGUAUUUCAUAGCCAAGGAGCUUCUGAUGACCGAACGCACAUACAAACGUGAUCUAGAAUUGCUCACAGUCACGUGGUCGUCCCGCGUGGGCUCCAUCGGACGGACGUCGUCCGGGAGCGGCGAGGCGAGUGCCCUGGCCCGCGCGUGUCUGGCGCUCGAGCCGCUGGCGUUACCCGCGGGAGCGCUCCUGGCGAGACUAGACCGCGCGCUGGCGGCUGCCGGCACCGCGCUAGACAACGAGGAACCUGAAUACAGAAAAAUAGCUGAUCUGCUUUUUGACUACUUAUCCAACACAUAUGAUGCCUACGCAGAAUACACCGAGCAGGCAGGCGCAUUGGUUGCCUUGGUGGAGAGCGCUCGAAGGCGAGGAGGUGCGGCCUCGCGGGAGGCCACAGCUUUUGAGGCCACCUCGCCGUUGCCGCUCUCCUGCCUCUUACUGAGGCCUCUUCAUCGGUUGUUGCAUUAUUGCGACUUGACGCAUGAGUUGUGGUCGGCGCGGAGUGAGUCCCGCGCGCUGUCGGCGCACGAGCUGGCGCACAAGGCGGCGAGCCUGGCCCGCACGCAGCUGCCGCACGCGGAGAACCACGCCGCGCUGUGCCACCUGCAGCGACACAUACCCGGUUACGACAAGUUGUUGGUUGCUGAGCGUGAGUUUGUUCGUCUCGGCUGCGUAUACAAGCACACGUCCAAGGGACUGCAGCAGAAGAUGCUGUUUCUUUUCAAUGACUUGUUGCUGAUAACGUCGAAGACUUCGAGCGGUCAGUUCCGCGCGCACACCGUACUGCCGCUGUCCAGACUGAGGCUCGAGCCCUGCGAACUGCCGCACUCCUUUAUUAUAGUUGACGGCGAGGUGAGUAUCGUGAUCAGUGCGAGUAACGAGAGAGAGUUCUCCGGCUGGUGGGAGUGUCUGUCGAGCAGCAUCGCGGGCGCCGGCGACGUGCGUACUGACCUCGACACGCAGCUCAACGACUACGAGAUAGAGAUGUACGGAGCGUCGGAGGGCAGUACGAGCGGUGGCAGCUCAGACGCGACGCUCACGUACGUGUGCUGGCACCGCGCCACCUCGCUCACGAGGCAGCACCUGCAUCUGGCUAUGAGGACGCAGCUGUCGGGGUACCUGCUGCGCAAGUUCAAGAACUCUCACGGCUGGCAGAAGCUGUGGGUGGUGUUCGCGAUGUACACAUUGUUCUUCUACAAGAGCUGGCAGGACCCCGCGCCGCUCGCCUCCUUGCCGCUGCUCGGGUACAGCGUGAGCGCGCCGAGUCCCGGCGAUGGUAUAGAGAAGGAGUACGUGUUCAAGCUGCAGUACAAGACCCACGUGUACUUCUUUCGCGCCGACAGCCACUUCACGUACAACAGAUGGGUCGACUUUCUGCAAACACCAAUGCUGAAAUCUCAUCACAAUUGAUUUAGUCGGUACUAUUUAACUAACAGUUAUUCAUUAUUUAUAUUAAAACUAUAAUUAGUAAUAAAUCAAUCAAAUUAUCAUAUCUUGACCAAAUGUAUAUAUAAAUGACUAACAAGGUGCCAUAACGUAUUAUUUUGAUUGGUAUUGAAUGCAUACAGGAUUAUUGUGUCUUUGUGAGAAGAGACUCACAAUUCGAUCAUUGUAUAAAAUUAUUGUAAUUUGAGCGAACUAGUGCAACAACAAACAAAGAUGAAUGCAAUCAUAUAUUCCUUUAUAUAAGGGUUAAUCUGGCGGCCACGUUUCCUUCUGCCCGCAGACCCGCCUUAACAGGUCGGUCACGAACAAAUUUUCUUCUUUCUUUUGAUUUUCCAAAAUCGUUUUCUGUAAUCAUGCUUCUAACUUACUUCUGUUCCUAGUUUUUCAAUUUGGAAAAAUAUUAUUGACGUUCGAAGUCGAACUAUUACUUGAUAUGUAGUUGCACUUGUUCAGAAUAUUCCAUUUCCGUUAAAUUAGAAAGCGAUAUAUUUCUAUUCCUAAAAUCAACCAAUAUUUCCUAUUUAUAAUUUUUUUCUUUCUAUAAUCACGUUUUAAGUAGUUUUAUAUUUUUUAUAAUACAAGAUUUUAUAACGAUACGUCACUCGAAGGGUUAGCUCAGUUGGUUAGAGCACCGGCACGGAACGCCGGAGGUCGUGGGUUCGGGUCCCGCAUCGUUCAUAAAAAAUUUUUUCAAAUUUAUUUUUGUAUUUUAUAAUAUAUACUUACAUAAUUUAUACGUCUAGAUCUCUAUCUAAGGCUCUCCUUAUGCUAGACAACGGAUGAAAUCAAGCCAGGUUUAUUACUUUAGUGUGUGUGAGAAGCUACGUUUUACACUCGCAAUUUGUAUAUGACUUUGUGUUAGUGUGCGUGCACUGCUCAAAAUAGAGGUUAGCUGUCAAUCUCAAAGUUUCUAGACGUAUAGAUGAUCUAAGAAUACGUUAUGUAUAUUUUAUGUUUUCAUUUGACUUGCCUGUAUAGUAAAUUAACUACAUAAUAAAAUCGUCAUAAUAACAAUUUGACUGAACGAUAAAAGAUAAUAUUAUGGCUGUUGAAAGUAGUACAAAUGAUUAUUAAGGUCAUUCCAUACAAGUAUGAUUCAAAUUUAUUUUAAGCUAAAUAUUGAUAAUUUACUGAGACAGUAAAAUUAUUAUGAUUACUCACCGAAUAACUAAAUAUUCUUCGUAAAUGGCUUUAGCUGUAUAAAUCUAAAUAAUAAGGUAAUAAACAUGUAGUAAUUCUGGGAUGACAGUCCAACAUAUUUAUAUAUUUUUUUUUGCCUCCGGCUCAAAGGACCAUUUAUGGUGUACGUUUGUUGGCGUGAAAAGAAACUCACUGAACUGUUUUCAUUUGUAUAUUUGGGCACUGGUACAAACUAUUGUUGGUGACUAGUUAACAUAGUUUAGCGCUCGAGAUGAAGUGAGAGCGUUGACCGUUGGCAUUACAAUUUACAACGCAUAAGUGAUACCAUAUACAAAUAUUAAUUACCAAUAUAAUCAUUGUGUUGGUGAAAUCGCAACACACUUUACAUUUAUUGUAGUUGAAAUGGUUUAUAAAACAAUGAAGCUGUUCAUAUUGAUUUAAAAUGGUGGUAAUGAGUUACUUGCCACUUCUUCUUAUAUCUUUUCCGAAGUGGUGGUAGAUGUAAAAUGAAUAGAAAACUUUUGAAAUUUAUAAGUGUUAUUUCCUUGUCCUACCUUCUUGUCCAUGAAUAAAGUAGGUGAAGUUUAUGGAAGAGUUCAUAUAUCCGUUAGGCAUAUUGAAGUAUACCAUAUUAUCACUACACUCGUUGGUGGUCUGUUUAACGCGGUUAUAUCACUUCUAGUACUUUUUAAUUUAGGUUUCUACGGCUAUAACUUACAUACACACAGUAAAUGAAAAGUAUACGAACACUUGUGUUUUGUUUAAAAAAAUAAUCGAUUUUGUUUUUUGAAGCGAAACUUUUACGGACCUUCUGCCCGCUCGCCGCGAAGCCACAGCGUCAGAACUAACGUUACACGAGUGCGUCAGAUUUAGUGCCGUUACACUCACGUUAUAUUUAGAAGUAAGCUUGAGUUUCUGCCGCGAAAAAGUAAUGCGCAAGCAUUAAUUUGUUUCCGUUUCAAGGGCGCCGUAGCUAGUGUAUUUAACGGGCUAUUAUAACAUCUUGGGUGCCGCUCAGAAUCUUGGGUUUAUUCUAGGGUUGCCAACUAUUAUUAUAAGAAAUAGAGUAUAUCUGAUUUCAAAGGAGGUAAAAUAAAAAGAAGGAAAUUCCAAAAAAGAGUAUUAUUUGUUUUAUAUAUUUAAAAAGUUUUAUUUGUACUUUUUGCAGUACAUAACAAUUUUCAUGGUUUUAAAAAAAACGUGUAAAAAAUAGUAUUUUAUGAAACCCCAUUAGUGAUAAAGAAUUAAGAGUAUGCCUACAUCAGAUAGAGUACAAUACUCUAUUUUAGAGUACGUGUGGCAACCCUAGUUCAAUAAGGAAUCCUUUGCGGCACUGCGUUCUGAUGUAAUGUUGUAAAUCGGUUUAAGAAACCUAAUUAUUUUCCCUGAACACAAAUCUCAGAAGCGACCAGCGAUGUCGUCUCAAUAUGUAGCUGUAGUUAAUAUUUAUAUGUAUAGAAAAUAUUUUAUGUGCAAAUUAAAAUAAUUAAAGUAUUAUUUAACUUUAAUGAACUAUGUAUGCUUAAUUGUAGUGUACACGAACCUGUUUGCAUACGUUUUAUGAUUAGAUAAUUUAUACAUCUAGAUAGCGCCUCGUUGUGUUAGGCAUGACAACAGGCCAGUUUUAUACUUUUACGUGAUGACGGCUACCUCGUUACACUCGCGAUACAUCAGGAACUUUGUUUUAUAGUGCAUGUAUUUGCUGAAAAUAGAAGCUAACAAUUCGCCGCUAUUUUUCGCGACUUGUUCACAGCUGUCACAAUCUAUAUGGACGUAUGAAUGAUCUAAAGUGAAAAAAAAAAUGCAAUGGAAAAGACGUUAAGGAAUUUGGCAGUUUAAGUUUGGAAUGAAAGUGUAACGUACCUAAAAUGUAUUAUUUAUCUUUUUGCGAUCAUGUUAUUAGUAAUCCAUUGUAAAAUGCAAAAAUAUCUGCACGGAACUUGCAUGUAUUCUUUUCGAUAAUUUUCAAGUUCAUAUAUUUUUAUAUAAAUUUAUUAAUAUGAAUAGAAUCAGAUUAUUAAAUAAUUGGCUCCACGAACGCACAGUAACGUGUUUGUAAAGCAAGUGAAAAAAAAAAAUGAAUUAUUGUAAAUUUAUAACUGAAUCUUGUUUUAUUUAAUGGAUUGUUAUUUAUUGUGAAGAUCGGUCUACUCGUGAAAUUAACAUCGUAAUGCUAUUGUUUUUGGGUAAUGGCUCAGGCUCGGAUGAAGUAUAUUAGUAAUUAUUUGGCUUUAGCUGGCGGCGGCCAUUUUGGUUUAGCAUACAACGGGAACAUUAUUUUGUGAUUUUUUUUUCAAAGAAAUCGUAAGAUAAUAUUUAUAACGUGUCGUUUAGCAAUUUCUCGUACAAUUCUGAAAGAACGGCGACAUUCACAGCACGAAUCUAUCAUAAAUCACGUUUUUUGUUUACAAUAACGAAGCUUGUUUAUCCAGAAACCCGUGACAUAAACCGCAUAGUCAUACCUCGAGUAUUAUAAACACUAGUGGGUAUCACGUUUCAAGUGGCCGGCGCCGGGUUUGGCGCCAAAAAAGCUCGGCAAGUGGCUUCUGCGAGCGCGCGGUAUGUAUUGGCAUAUCAGAGGAAGUAAACAACUAAGCUAAGUAAACAACAGAUUGUGGGUUCGAAUCCCGCAUUGUUCAUAAAAUUUUGUUUUUCAAUUUAUGUUUGUGUAUUAAUCCUAGAAGUGAGGGUUAUCACUUUUAAAAACAUAACAAUAUGUUUAAGAAUAUUAGAAAUAUAUUUUUCAUUUUAUGUUUGUAACUGUUUAACACAUAAUAAAUACUACUUUAUAUACAGGUGGUAAGUGACCCUGAAGUUGAUGUUCCGGGUUCGAAUCCCGAUAGGUGCAAACAUUUAUAUGAUGUAUUUGUAUUUGUGUAAUUAUAUCGUAUCAAAUAUAUUAUUGUCUUGCACAUAGUACAGUUUGGAGCUAGACAAUUUGUGUAAAAGUGUGUCAAGAUCAAAAUAUAACUUUUUAUUGUAAGCCUAAGCAAUUUUAUAAAUAAUACAUUAUGUUAAUCCUUAAUUCAAAAUACCAUUUUGAUAGACUAGUAUUUUGACUCAACAAAGAUCUUUUUUGUUUCGAUGUUCGGUUUUAUGAGUAGACCACUAUAGUUAGCUAGACGUCCAUAGACAAUAGUAGAUCAUAUAGCGAUUUAUUCGACUGUGUAUUGAAUCAUAGUUGUACACCGUAGCGUUACAAUAGCGACAUUAAUUAAAGACACGGGUAGAAAUACUUAACCGUAAUGAUAAAAAAAUGUUCAAAAAUAAAAUACAUAAUUCACCUUAACAAAUCAAUUUUCUAUAAUAUCAUUUUGGAACAACCUGUAAGAUAUCUAGUAGCCGCGCGCUAGCGUUGCCAAUGACACCUGCUUCUUGCGGUCUUACGGCCGGUCCCAAUAUUCAGUCUAUCUCCGGUUGUGGCCUACUUGAGAUAAAAAUCGUAACUAUCGGACUUUUCUAUUCCAACUUAUCGACGGUAACUCACCUUGUCCGUACACGCUGUCUGUCAAUGGGAGGACGUAUAGCUUACCAUGGAUAGAAGUUUGAAUGGAAAUUGCAAUUCAUGCGUCCCAAUAUACGCCGAUAAGAUUGACUUAUCGGGUAUAUUGGGACAGCUUCAGAUUGAGAGCUACUUACUGACAAUAAAAGGUAGUAAUUUUUCUCUAUCUGUAGAUAGAUAUUGGGAACGGCCGCUAUGCGACCAUGUAAGGAUGAUUAAAAUUUUGUUUCCUAAAUAUAUAAUUUGUACAAACAAACUUAGCAGUUAGAGCUCAGCCAUGUACUCUUAGAUUGUUGUCAUAGUGUAGACUACAUAUCUACUUUCCAUCAGAAUAGCUAUUUUGUGGAAUAAGGCACCAGAUAUGUCUGUUUCACAUAAACCUACUGUCUGUAUGUGCCUAGUUUAUUAAAUAAGUCCUAGCAUUAUCAACUUACCAACUUUUUAUAUACACAUACCAAAGUAAUAACCAGGGAGCGUACAUAUCACGCCGAUUACAGGCGUCGCCAUGUAUGGCUGUAGGAUGGAAAAAACGAAUUGUUGGUUUUCAUGACCAUCUCUUCAUUUAACUAUGCGUGUUAUUUAGAGAUAAAUUUAUUAGUUAUAAUUUAUAAGUAACGCAUUUUGUUUCCAUCCCAUUAAAUACUUAUUUUUUAUAUUUCAGAAACUAUUAUGUUAGAAUCAAACGUUGAUAGACUAUCAGUCACUACGUUUUUUGAAAAAUCCUGUGGGUUUAUAUUAAUACGUCGUUAUGACGAAACGGGCAUGAAAUGUACGCUCUUAAUAUUUGUACCUAGUGGUUGUGAAAUAUGUUUUGUAGUAGGUAUUAUAAAUAUGUAGUACAUGGUUUGAGACAAAAUAAACUCAACUAUUUAUUUAUUUUUUAUUUGAAUUUCUAUUACUUACGAUUUUUUUUUACGAUUAAGGUUGUAUAGCUCUACCAGUGUGUUCAUUUAUUGUCGCCAUUAUAGCGCCAUUCUGUAUAUGAGAAUUGUUACUGGACAAUUGUAGUAUUUAUUAUUAAGCUCUGGCUAUCACAAAGGGCGGUUUAUAACAGUAGGGUUUCAAGCAAUACAUUUUUCAGUAAA